AUGUUUUCCACAUUGUCCACACUUGUUGUGGUAUUUGUCAACUUGGCAGUAGCUGCUCAGCCAAAUUACCUUCCAACAUUUACAUCCUCAAAGCAAUUUUUCCAACAAAGCAACCCAUUGGUGCCUGAGUUCUUAGUUGAUAAUUCAAAGUUUGGGUUGAAUAAUGGAUACACUUGGAACGAUGUUGUUUCAAGUUUAAACUCAAACCAAAAGUUAUUCAUCUUGCAAAGACAUGGUGAAGGUUGGCAUAAUGUCGCACAACAGGACUUGCACAUUGAUCCUAUCAGCUGGCAAUGUUACUGGUCGCUUCAAAAAGGUAAAGAUGGUAUUGAAUGGUAUGAUGCUGAAUUGACUCCCAAGGGUCAUGAUGAGAUCAAACAGUUGGUCAAUCAAAUCAAAAAUACCACGUCAUUUCCUCACCCAGAUAAAUUCUACGUGAGUCCUUUGAGAAGAACAUUGGAAACUUGGCAAGAAACAUGGUUGAACUUGCCUCAUAAGACAGCAACUAUCAAGGAAUUUGCUAGGGAAUUGUAUGGUAUUGACACCGAAAGUGAAAGACACGACAGGUCCUACAUUGAGCAAAAAUUCCCAGGAUUUGACUUUGAACCAGGAUUUCAAGAUGAGGAUGUACUUUGGAGUCCUGUUGAGAGGGAAAGUCUCGAAAACAUUUACUACCGUGCCGCUUCGUUGUUGAAUGACAUUUUCCACGAUGCAAAAGAUGACAAGGUCAUCAGUGUUGUUUCACAUGGAGGUCUUCUCAAUGCUAUCUUGGCUGUUGUCCAACACAGAUUGUACAGCAUUCCAACUGGGGGUCUCGUCCCAGUAGUGAUUGAAAUCCAGGACAAUCACAAGAUUUACCCAUUAGACCAUGCUUUCACUGACUUUUUCUUGUGGUGUCCAUUGGCCCAACCAAAUAUCACUACACAAGUAAGUGACGGCUCUACAACAGUUACCACUGUGUCUGCAUCGUAUUCUGCACCAUCUGGAUCCUCACCACUUUCUGUUACUGCUUACAAAACUUCGUCGUAG